AUGAAUGAACAGGACGAGCGAGAAAUUCUGCAAUGUAUUGAGCAUACUAUGGUUGCUGAUGCUAAGGUAAUCAAACUCGCUGAGCAACAAUUGUUUGAAUUUCAAAAGCAAUCAGGUUUUGCGACAUUCCUGUUGAGAGUAGUGUCUAAUACUGAUAUUCCACUAAACAUACGUCUGUCUUCGGCAAUAUAUUUGAAGAAUAAAAUCCAAAGGUCAUGGAAUGCUAUUAAGCGGGAAGACGGGAUUAAAGCGGAUGAACAGCAAAUUAUUAAAGAAAAUUUGAUUCAAGCAUUGGUUAGUAACUCCCAGAACAAUCACCUGAGACCACAUCUGACCGAAUCCAUUCGACGUAUUCUCAAUACCAACUGUGAGUGGGAUUUAACAAGCGCAAUAGUGGAGCUUCUCUCAAGUGGCAAACAAGACUAUGUAUAUUCAGGUCUACUUAUACUGUUUGAGGUCUGUAUUGUUCAUAGAUGGGAUAUGUCAGAUAGUCGUCAAACGAUUGAUGACGUUAUAUCAUUAGUUUUGCCUAUCGUUGAAGGAAUUGCCUCGCAAUUAGUUUCUCAAAAUGACUACAGGUCAAAUGAGUUACUGUAUUUAAUUUUGAAAUGUUUCAAAUAUGCGUGUCUGAACAACUUUCCACAGUACUUUAACAAUACGGAUAAACUAAGUGCGUGGAUCCAAAUGCAUCUUUUUCUUUGCUCAAAACCAUUGCCUGCCGAAGUUUUACAAUUAGAUCCAGCCGAUAGAUCUUUAGAUAAAAGGGUGAAGGUAAACAAAUGGGCAUUUGGCAACUUGAAUAGAUUUAUUCACAAGUUUUCCCGACCAACAAAAUCUAUCUCGGAAGAAUUUGUUUCUUACGUUUUAGCAAACUUGAUUCCUUCCAUAUUGGAGGAUUAUUUCAAGAUCAUCCAGAGUUGGUCAGAUCAGUCCCUCUGGUUGAGCCAAGCUUCUUUGCAUUUUUUGAUACAGUUUUUGGAGAAGUGCAUGGUGAUGGACCAGAUAUAUCCUUUACUAGAGCCUCACUUAGGUACAAUUUUGGAAAGCGUUAUUUUUCCCUGUCUGUGUGCCAGUUCGCAAAGUGUUGAAUUGCUUGAAGACGAUCCAGAAGAAUAUACGAGGCGUUAUUUUGAUAUGAAUAAAGAAGGAUCAACAGCAGAUGUCGCAUCUUCAGAUUUUAUAUUUGUUGUUGGGCACAAGCGCGAUUCCCAGCUAAGUAAAAUCCUUCCAUUUGUCAACAACAUCUUUUUGAGCUACUCAACAAAUGAAAAUGAUAUCUAUUGCGCUUAUAAACAAGAAGGUGCAAUGAGAAUCAUUUCAACUUUAUUCGCAUUUAUAGAUCCUUCGGCCGAUCUAGAAGGUAUCUUUUCCCAUUAUAUUAUUUCCUUCUUAACCCAAACAAAAUAUCCAUUUCUAACUGCAAGGGCUCUUGAAACUAUUGCCAUUUAUGGCAAUCCUUUUGAAGAUAUGGGGACUUUAUCAAAAUUAUUUGAAUUGACAUACACACAUUUUCUGAAUAGUAAUAUCCUGCCUAUUCAAAUCGAAGCAGCGGAUGCUCUUAAAACUUUGGUUGUUUCUAAUCCUAACAUACACAGCCAUAUCUCUUCACAAGUUCCUGGUAUUAUGGAAAAACUGCUCAAGCUUUCAAAAGAGUUUCAAAUAGAUAUAAUAUCCGAAGUUAUGGAGGUAUUUGUGGAGCGAUUUUCUGACGAACUAACUGCGUUUGGAGAAGACUUGGCAGAUAAUCUAGUCGACCAGUUUUUGACUCUAGGGAGAUCCAUGGUCGAGUCUUCGGGAGGUACCUAUUCAACUGGUGAUCAAGAUCAAGAAAUCCAGGUUAGUGCUUUAUUACAAACUAUGACUACCAUGGUGAUGUCCAUGACCAAAGUUCCAUUGAUAGAUAAAUUUUUACCUGUUGUCAAAUUCACCAUUGUGAAUGCACAAAUCACAUUCUUAAGCGAGCUUGUAGAUUUGAUGGACUCCUUGGCAUUGUCCUCUCAGACUUUGUACAAUCAAUUCACUCCAGCUGUUUGGGAAAUGUUCCACGACGUUCUUGAUUCAUUCCAAACAUAUGCAAUGGAUUAUUUUGAAACAUACUUGGUUUUUUUUCAAACUGUUGUAACCCAUGGAUUUCCAAAGGACCAAACAUUUUUACAGCCCUUCUUGGAAAUUCUAAGCGUCAAGAUGGAAAGUGAAAUAGAUUAUGAUGUUGAAGGUGUUUUGGAUAUUCUGGUUCUUUACGCUUUAUCUAUGAGAGACACCCCGUUAUUCGAUAGGGCUCUAAAAGCAUCGUCUAAUGAUGAAUUGGAGAUAGAUGACGCUCGAAUUGUGAAAACAUUUUUGGCCAACCUGUUCGUUAAACCAAUUGAAACGCUUCAAACGUGUGAAAAUGAAGGGGCCACGUUAUCCAUGUUGACGAAGUGGUUUUCGUGCAAAUUUUCAAGUGUUUUCGCUAUAAAGUUGCAAAUACUAGCUAUAAUAGCUCUGUUCAAGUUGCCAGAGUUACCUAGCUGCGUAAAAGGUUUCACUAAUCAGUUUUCUGAUAAGUUGAUUACGCUAACAGAGCAAUUGCCCGAAGCUAUAAGGAAAAGAGACGCGAUAUCCAAGGGCGAUGAUUUCAUUCAAGAAGCUCUUGAAGUAGGUCCAAAUGGAGAGGAUGAUGAAUAUUUCGAUGAAUAUGAGGACGAUCUAAAUGAAACCGUGUUGGAUCAAAUCAAUGCAUUCCAGGAAAUCCAUAAUUUCUUCUCUCAGCUUCAAGCUCAGAAUCCAAGCAAGUACCAGCAGAUCGUGGGUUCACUAACGGACGUAAAGAGACAUUCAUUGAAUGUAAUUCUUGAAUUUGUGUCGCAAAACUGA